UUCCUGUUAAUACUAUCUCCGUUCUCUUUUCUUUCUUUUUUGGUUACCCUCAUCCCUAAUUAUAAUUCCUGUUAACUUGUAAAAUUCUUACCAAUUAUACUUACAAAUUAAUUAUUACGACGUCAUUAUUAUUGAUGUAUCCGUUUGCUACACGUGUAUCACAUAAACAUUAAACAACACCAUAACACUCCUACAUUCGCAGAAUUUGUGAUAAAAAACGAAUAUCAAUGGAUCCGAAUGAAAAUGAAUGCUACACACGUCUGAAACAAUUUACUGCAAGCACACCCAAGAAGAUGUGGUUAAUCUUUACUCAAAAUGGGCUGCCACUUAUGAAAAGGUUGCUCAUGAUAAUUGUUAUCAAGGACCAGUGGUUGCAGCAGAACAGCUUCACGAGACACUGAUUAAACAUAACUACAAUCAGGACACUGAAAUUCUGGACCUUGGUUGUGGCACAGGACUCGUGGGUGAACAUCUUUACAAGCUGGGUUAUAAAAAUGUAGAUGGUAUUGACUUUAGUGAAGAAAUGUUGAAGCUUUCUGAAGCAAAAGGAGUUUACAGAUCACUAAAAAAGGGAACCAUGGGAUCAGAUGGAUCAGUUGAACUGGGAGUAACCGCUGGUCAAUACGAUGCAGUAAUAUGCGUUGGUGUUUUUGCACCUGGUCAUGUGAAAGGAAAAGGAAUGGAUGAUUUUAUUCAUGUGGUGAAACAAGGAGGCAUGAUACUCUUUACUAUUAAUGAGAAGAUUUUGGAUGAUCCUGGCUAUGACUUUCAUGAAAAAUUAGAGGAAUUAACAAAACAAAGAAAGUGGAAGCUUAUUUUGAAAUAUUUUGAGCCAAGAUAUGCGGGCGACGCAGGUGCAUAUUACUAUAUUUUUAAAAAACAAUGAAAAGUACUUUGACUUUUUACCCAGUUUAUACUCAUUUAUUAAUCAAAGAUUUACUUAGAAAUAUAUCGCAUUUUGUGUCAUAAA